AUGGCCACGCAUCACGUUCGGCAUCAGUCCCACCCUUCCAAAAAGUCGCAACCUGCGCACGCACGGCCGUCUCGGCCUCUGUCAAAGCGUACUCAUUCCCUCGGAAGCAAAGCUGCUUCCAAGUCCGCUCCUUACCCCAAAACCGACGACGACGACGACGACGACUCAAUGGCCGUAAGCUUCUUGAACUACUGCACUGUUUGCGAGAAGCAAAUUAUUGUCCCUAGUAAUUCUGUCCUCUACUGCUCAGAAAGCUGCAAGAAGAAGGACAGCGAGAAGAGCCUUACCUAUUCUUUCGACCACUACUCACCGCCUACAACCCCCUUCACCAACUUCUCUUUUGACGAUUUCGCCUUCCGUGACAUUGUACCCCAGCGAUCGCCCACUCAACCAGAGUCAAAGCGAUCAUCAUGUGCUUUCUCCGACAUGUCGUCGGACGAUAACACCAACGAACACUAUCUGCGCUCCAACUCGGAAGCUUCAAAUUAUCUUCGCAAGUUCCAGUCAUCCAUCUACUCAUCCGAGGCUGCUGCACGACCUUACCGACCCCGGUAUCAGCGUUCGUCCACCUCGCAGUUUAGCUUUAGCGCUGCCCCAUCGCUGUCGCAUACCCCCGCGUCGUCAGUAAGCUACUCGCUUCCAUACACGCCUGCCACUACGCGACCUCUUCCGCCAAGGACCAAGCCGUCACAUAGUUCUUCGUAUGGCGCCAAGUCGAUUGAUCUUGUUACACCUGUGACGGCUCCAUCAAGUCCAAACAACUCAAGUCCCAAGAAGUCGUAUUCACAUAAGUCGUCGCCUUCCAUGACAAGCACUUCGACAAGUACCAUUGAAGGCGAGAUCGUCUAUGCAAAGUCGCCCGUCCCUGAGCCUUCAUUCGCUAGUGGAAGUCUCGGUCGACUACUUGCUUCAACACCCCGUUAG